UUGUUUACAUUGAACAUCCAAUACUGUUUCAGUUAUUACAACAAGCGGCUUAAAAAACAACAUUUAUAUUGCAUUUAUAAAUGCGUAAACUACACAAUCAUGGACUUGUGCACAGUGAAACAUUCCUUCUCUGAGCUGAUAAGAGUCAUGAACCCAUGGACACAGAGUCACUUUGUUAUGUGGCUGGAUAUUAAAGUGGCUGAGUACAAAGUCUACGGCAAAAUGGUGCUUGAUAACAAAUCUGUUACAACACCAGAAUGGCUAAGAAAUAAGAAUCUGGACAUGGAUUUUGAUUCAGAGACUGCCUGUGGUCAAAUGUCUAAAGAUCAAACGUCAAUUGGUGAGGAUAUUUUAUCUGGCCUCAGGGAACAGCAGCAAAGAUAUAGCACCACUCCACAACAAGGGAAAGACAGUGGACAGAACAAGAAUGGAGGUAGGGUUGGUUCUAGUAUUAAUGAGGCAGACAGGACGAGAAGAGAAACAAGUGUGGUUGACCUAUCCAAGUAUUCCGACUCACAGACAUAUCCCUCACGUGCUUCAUCUGAGGGAUCCUAUCUUCCCAGACAAGCUGUUUCCUCAUUGGACAAGACUACACAAGGAUCAGUGUCAUCUGUACAUCCUGUCAGUGGUGCGCGAUCGUCAGAUGAAUCUCGAGUUUCUUUAGAUCAUCAGCACAUGUCACAAACAGAUUUUACCAGAAGCUCUGAUCAUUAUGUCACAGGAACAAAAGCUCACCCUCUUUCUCAUACUUCAGAAAGAAACACAUCUGGUAAUAACCAGAGACCACAUACAGACAAUCAUGCGGAAAUCCAGUUAAAUAUUGGUCAAGAAUCAUCAGAUAAAAACUCAUCUUCUUUUAUCGAUCCAUUCCCUAGUUCAAGUGUAAAUAUUCCUGAUGACAAUGGUGUUAAUAGCUUCACAAAGUUAGGCAACGCAAGGCAUUUUGGAACUGAAACACAUGCUAAAGCACAAUUUGAACAGCGAAAUAUUUCGUCUGAGGUUGAUAUGCCACCUAUUAAAAUAGAAAUUUUGGAUGAGGAUUCUGAUGAAUUAAACCCUCCUGCAGACAGUCAUAUUUACAAAAAAUCUCUUCCUGACUUUGGAAGAACAUUUGCCACUGGUUCCCGACACACAUCUUCAAGUGUUCCUACAAAUCAGCAGAUCACCCCCCAAAACAUUACAGACUCAGAUAUAUCAUCACAGAGUCAUGGUAACUUAUCCAGCUUGAUGACAUUUGGGGACUAUCAUAAUGCUCUCAGUCAGCCAGUACCCGUGUCAAUGUACAUGACAUCAUCACCGUCAUCUGAACCACAGGUUUCCAUGGUUACUGAAAGUGAAGAUAACCCACAGGAAAGCAUGGAGCAUGAAGAGGAUUCUACAGAAAACACUGAACAGUCAUGGAAGCAUAAAAAAUGGCAGUACAUAGAAUCAUUAAGAGGGAGUUCUGACAAUCUCAAUCCCAAGGUCCAGUCUCGAAUCAUGCAGCGCACUAAAGUAUUUCCUGAUCCAUUUCCUGUAGAGAAUCUCAAGUAUGGAAACAAAGCUCGAGAAAUGAUCAACUCUGGUAUCAUCACACGCCCAGCCAAGAUGCAGUUUCUUGAUACAGUGUUUAAUGAGAUUGUCAAAUACACUGGACUGUACCCUACCCCGACACAGAAGAUGGAGGUGGCUAAAGCCAUUGUAAGCAGUUUCCCCAAACUCAACGUAAGGUCAAAGGACAGCCACAUAUCUCCGGCAGAUUCAUGGUUUGUUGUUUUGAAUGACAAAUUCCGCAACGAACGUCGUGGUUUAAAUAAUCAGUCCUAUCAGAGCCAGCAAAUGAGGCAGAGAGCACUGUUGACUGUACGGAGGGCACAAGCUCACAUGUAUAAUAUGGCCUCCAUGUCAAGAACAUCUGCCAGUGGUGGUUUCUCUGGAGUUGUGAAAUUACAAUCCGAUGAGGAAGAAAAUGACAACACAUAGAAUUAAAAAGUUUCAAAACUCAGUAGUUGCAGGGGCCAGGGAAGUUUUCAGUGUAUGUUGAUUUAAGUUAAAUAGGGUGUCUUUCAUAUGUAAGGAAAAGCUGAUUAGGUAAGGUUUAAACGUUGCAACAGAAAUGGUUAUUUAGAGCAAAUCAAUGAUGGAACAUGUUUUGGUAACUUAUAUUAAUCAAGCUUGUUUGAUUAAAAUGUAUGUAAAAAGGAUGUUGAUGCAGGAACAAAUAUUCCAAGAAUGUACUUGUAAACUAGAUCCUCACACUUUCUUAGCAAUGAAUUAAAUGGCAAGUAACUGUAAUUUAUAUUAAUAGUUUUGUCAUGUCAUUUGUAUUGUCAGUUUGAGUCUUGUGCUACAACAUUUUCAGGGACCCACACAAAAUGUGAGUUCCCUGUAGUAACUGGUGUCAAUUUGUUCUGUCUAUAUCAAAAACUGCAAAGACCUUCAUAUUGAUACUUUUUAGAUUACUGUAGUGAGGAAUUUCCAUACAAAGAUUUCUAACAAGCAUGUAAAAGAUUUCCUUAUCAGUUACCAUGGUAACACUAUGUAGCUUUCAGUUUUAAUGACUUAUUCAUGACAUAUUCCAGGAAAUCAGUCACCUUUGUGGUAAAUGAGUUAAAAUGCAUGACUGAGAUUGCUUAUCAGAUUCCAAGGGACUUUAUUGGCAAAUGUAAGCAAAAGUUUUAAAAGUUUUCUCUGCUUAUAAAUGGUGUAGUCCUAUUAUUGAUGUCUUGGUUUAUAUUUGGUUAAGGUCAGUAACUAUCUUAUACAGAUAUUUUUAGAAUCCUUUAACUUCACCUUGCCUAUUUCAGAUGCUGG